AUGUCUGCAAAGUGGAUUUCAGUUCUUCUGCUGAUCCAAUUGAGUUGUUACUUUGACUCUGUAACAUGUGGAAAAGUGUUGGUGUGGCCAACAGAAUAUAGUCAUUGGAUCAAUAUAAAGACAAUACUGGAUGAACUUAUUCAGAGAGGACAUGAGGUGACUGUUCUAACAUCUUCAGCUUCCAUUCUUAUUGAUCCUAACAAGUCAUCUGAUAUUAAAUUUGAAGUUUAUCCUACAUCACUUACUACACCUGACUUGGAGAUUUUAUUCAUGAAAUGGAUCAAGAAAAUGACAUAUAAUAUGCCAAAGGAUACAUUUUGGGCAUAUUUUUCACGACUACAGGAAAUCUUUUGGGAAUAUUCUGAUUGCAUUGAAAGACUCUGUAAAGAUGUAGUUUUCAACAAGGAACUUAUGAUAAAACUGGAAGAAUCAAGGUUUGAUGUUGUUCUUGCAGAUGCCAUUGGUCCUUGUGGUGAGCUGGUAGCUCAGCUACUGAAAAUACCAUUUUUGUACACUCUCCGUUUCAGUCCUGGCUAUACACUGGAGAAGCUGAGUGGAGGUCUUUUAACCCCUCCUUCUUAUGUACCUAUUGUUCUGUUAGAGUUAUAUGAUCGAAUGACAUUCGUGGAGAGGAUAAAAAAUAUGAUAUAUAUGCUUUAUUUUGACUUUUGGUUCCAAAUAUUUAAUAUGAAGAAAUGGGAUCAAUUUUACAGUGACGUACUAGGAAGAGAUACUACAUUAAUUGAGACAAUGGGGAAAGCUGAAAUAUGGCUUAUUCGAACCUAUUGGGAUUUUGAAUUUCCUCGUCCAUUUUUGCCACAUUUUGAAUUUGUUGGAGGGCUCCACUGUAAACCUGCUAAUCCCUUGCCCAAGGAAUUUGAAGAAUUUGUCCAGAGCUCUGGAAAACAUGGUGUUGUGGUAUUUACUUUGGGGUCAAUGGUCCGUAACGUCACAGAAGAAAGGGCCAAUACUAUUGCAUCAGCCCUUGCUCAGGUUCCACAAAAGGUGCUGUGGCGAUUUGAUGGCAAGAAACCAGAUAACUUAGGACCCAAUACUCGGCUCUAUAAAUGGCUCCCCCAGAAUGAUCUUCUUGGUCAUCCAAAAACCAAAGCUUUUAUAACUCAUGGAGGAACCAAUGGCAUCUAUGAAGCAAUCUAUCAUGGAAUCCCUAUGGUGGGCAUUCCCUUGUUUGCAGAUCAACCUGAUAACAUUGCUCACAUGAAGGCCAAGGGGGCAGCAGUGAGUCUGGACAUAAAGACAAUGACAAGUGCAGACUUGCUCAACGCUUUGAACUCAGUCAUCAAUGAGUCAUCCUAUAAAGAGAAUGCUAUGAAGUUAUCAGCCAUUCAUCAUGAUCAACCUGUUAAACCCUUGGAUCGAGCCGUCUUCUGGGUGGAGUUUGUCAUGCGCAACAAAGGAGCCAAGCACCUUCGUCCAGCUUCCCUCAGCCUAACUUGGGCUCAGUACCACUCUUUGGAUGUAUUAGGGUUUCUACUGGCUUGUGUGGCAAUUGUUACUUUUCUUGUCAUAAAGUGUUGUUCGUUUGGUUAUCAAAAGUUUUUUAAGACAGAAAAAAAGGAAAAGAAGGACUAG